AAAAUCGUAAACAACACAGCGGAAGGAGCUUUGAUAGUUACUGUAUACUUCACAAAAAUGUCUUCAUGUCAUCUGCCAUACUGGCAGAGAUGUUAAUUGGAGUGAGAAGAAGCUAAAGCAGCUAAUAGAGGAUAAACAUAUAAGCUUACGCUGCUACUUUCUUUGAAAAAAGAACAAUAACGCCAAUGUUAUAACAAAAACCUCCGACAGCAGUUUGAAAACAGCCCUGUCCACCUCAGCAUGGAUCGCUACAAUGACGUGAAAGUUUUGCUGAAAAACUGGGAGCAGGGGUUUGUCAAAGAGCACAAGAGAAAACCCAACAAGGAGGACAUUGAUCGGGCUCCAGAGGAGACCAGAAACUUGUAUAAAGAAUACCGCAGCUUAAAACAAGCCAAAGAGAACAGCAAUGAGGCCGCCAAUGGGCAUACUCACAACCAAAAGGAGUCAGACUGUUGGGGUUCCCACUUGAACCGCAGUGCAUUGCCGACAUCAUCUCCCAAACUGACAUCCCAGGACAGAGACAGUCUGAAGGCGUCUUCUCAGUAUUAUGGCUUAAAGCUUAAAAACAACUUGUCUUCAAUCAGUAAGGAGAGGCCUGUGUCACUGAAGAAAAUGCACCGUCCUGGUCGGCUACCUCUGGACUCCUUGAAAGAUGAACAAACUAUAAGAACAAAGAGCGUCACUUCUCCUGCUGCCACUGCCAAGACCACAACCACUGACUCUGAAUUCAGUCCCUUUUCACCAAGAAUGAAUCCUUGCCUGGGAUCUCUGGCUUCAAAGACGCUCCAACCAGCAGAGCCUGAAGAGCCGUUUCAACCAUUUGAAACGUUCAGACAGGACAAUGAUGAAGCUGCAGAUGCUGCUGGUAGCUGUAGCAUUAGCAAAGACAUUAGUUCACAGUCCACUACCUCUGCUUUAAGUCCUUCUCCCAUCAGAUCCUCCACCCUGUUGUCAUCCUUAUCCCCUGAGCGAAAUUUAGGGGCUUCAAAAGUAGGAGCCAGAACUGUGGGAAGUGAAACUAAAGGCAUUUUAGGAGAUGUAAAAGAAAAUGCUGAAACAUCAAAAACUCAGAAUAGAGGUACCGAUUCUGCAGGUGGUGAAAGUGUAAUUGGCUUUAACGGAAGUCCACAGAUUUGUGGAGGUUUAAGAGGAGGCAGAGGCCUUGGUGCAAGGCCUUCUCCUGCCAGCAGGCUGAGCCUUGUGGACAGGAAGUGGCUAGAGAGGUGUCAGGUGUUUGGAGAGAUGGGAGCAGAGGAGAAGCCUGGAGCAGGCAACCAGGAGAUGAAUGUGGAGCAACGAGGGAUGGCAGAAAAGGGAGAAAAAUUAAAAGGGGAAAUGCAAGGAGUCAAUAGAGAAGCAAAGGAAGAAAUGGAUAUAGAGAGAGAAAGACAGGAGUCAUUAGAAAUGGGAAGAGGUAAAAAGUCUGAGAGUGUAACAGGGGAUAAAAUAGUCACUACUAGUGCUACAAACUCUGAAAAAAGCAGAAAAGAAGGGGUUGGCAAAGAGAAAAGGAAGGGACAGGAGGAGAUGGAAAGAGGGCAGACAUCACAUAUAACAGCUGAUGAUGACAAUGAAAGCAGUCCAAAAACUAAAGCUUCAAAAAAUAGGAGGAAGAAGAGGCAGCGAGAAGUGGUUGAAACGCAGGGAAACACUACAGAAGAAGGAGGAGUAAAAAAGAGACGGAGAGGUGGUAGAAAGAAAGAGGAGAGCUCUGACGUUAGCCCCAGCUCAGCUCACGGAGGAGCAGGAAAGAAAAAGAGAAGCAAGAGAAAAGAAGGUGAUGGAGAGGGUGAAGGAGAGGAAGAAACCAAGGGACCAAAAAAGAUGCCCCAAGAGAACUUGUUUGGAGACAUAGAAGAAGAAUUUGGAGUUAACAAAAUCUAUCGGGCACAGUCUGCUAGAGCCAGAGUCGCAAAAGGAGCCGAGGGUAACUUUGUGAAAAUAAACCUGAAGAAGAAAUCUCAUGUCAAAGGCUAUGCCCUGAGAGGGAUUGCUCUGCGCAGACAGUUGUACAUGCAGAAGUUCCAGCUGAAGGGAGAGCGUUUCGGUGGAGGUGGUGGAUAUUUUGGCAGAGGAAGAUGGGGGGGCUUCAGAGGGGGUUUCAGAGGGGGCCUCAGUCGACAGGGUGACACCUGCUACAAAUGUGGAGGGACCGGACACUGGGCUAUUGACUGCAAAGGGCGAGAAAGAGAGAAGAGUUCUCUUCAAAGCUCCAGCGACGCCCUUCAGUUCGUCUUUUAUCUGAAGGAUGACGGAGUUGCUCUGCUAGAGUCCAAAAAUAAAGUUUCAGAGCUGGAAAUCAGCAUCACAGGUCUGUUAAAAGUUUUGAUAUGUUUUGCAGCCCCUCCACCUCCUGUUGCUGACGAUAAGGCGGUUGAGGAGGAGCCGUUUGAAUUACCCACCCUGGAGGAAGUUGCCAGGGCAACUGGGACACUACAACCUCAGCCACAGGUGGCAGCGUCCACUUUUAAAGAGGAGCAGAAUGACCAGGAAAAGGAAGUGGACAGUAAGCGUAAAGAUGAAGUGCUGCUGAAUGUGAUUCGCCCUGAUUAUGAACGGCCUCCUCCUCCACCACCCAUGGAGCCGCUUUAUGAGCUCACAGAGGAUGGAAAAGUCCAGGAAACACCUGAAGAUGUUUAUUCGGCUCUAAGAGAUCUCGGCUAUCAGUCAUUUCGACCAGGACAGGAGGAAGCCAUCAUGAGGAUCCUGUCGGGUCUGUCUACCCUCGUAGUGUUAUCAACAGGGAUGGGCAAAUCGUUGUGCUACCAGCUCCCAGCUUACCUCUAUGCUCAGAGAUCCAAAUGCAUCACUCUGGUCAUAUCGCCUCUCGUCUCUCUAAUGGACGACCAGCUGUCUGGCCUGCCAGCCAAGCUGAAGGCGGCCUGUAUCCACUCUAAUAUGACAAUGAAACAGCGAGAAGCAGCGAUAGAAAAGGUGAAGUCAGGCCAGGUAUGUCUGCUGCUGCUCUCUCCAGAAGCCCUUGUUGGGGGAGGAGGUUCAGGUUCAGGGUGUCUUCCUUCUGCUCAGGAGCUCCCUCCUGUGGCCUUCGCCUGUAUAGAUGAAGCUCAUUGUGUCUCAGAGUGGUCCCACAACUUCAGACCCUGCUACCUAAGACUCUGCAAGGUGUUACGAGAGCGUCUGGGAGUACGAUGCUUGCUAGGACUCACAGCUACAGCCACUCUGUCCACUGCUCUGGACAUUGCUAAACAUCUGGAAAUCAGUGAUCAAGCCGGCAUUGCUGUCAGAUCUGCAGCUGUGCCUCCAAACCUGAAUCUUUCUGUGUCCACGGAUAGAGAAAAGGAUCAGGCUUUAGUCUCCUUGUUGAAAGGUGAUCGGUUUGGUUGUCUUGACUUGAUCAUCGUCUACUGCACCAGAAGAGAGGAGACGGUGCGUGUGGCGGCACUUCUCCGAACCUGCCUUCAAGGGGUGCUGUUAAAAGAAAACAAGAAGAGCAGCAGCAGCAGUCGGUCAGAAAACAACCCUGUAGGGCAGAGAAAGAAAGAACUGGCUCGGAAGAAGAUUCGUAAACCACUGAAAUGGCAGGCUGAAUCGUACCACGCCGGCCUGUCGGGGUCAGAGCGGCGACGCGUGCAGAACAACUUCAUGUGCGGAGAGCUCAGGAUCGUGGUGGCCACAGUGGCGUUUGGCAUGGGCCUGGAUAAAUCUGACGUUCGUGGUAUCAUCCAUUACAACAUGCCUAAGAGCUUUGAGAGUUACGUUCAGGAAAUUGGGAGGGCAGGAAGAGAUGGAGAGCCGGCUCACUGUCACCUUUUCCUGGACCCGGAGGGUGGAGACCUCCAUGAGCUCCGUCGCCAUAUCUACGCAGACACAGUGGACUACUAUACGGUGAAAAGACUGGUGCAGAAAGUUUUCCCAGCUUGCAAAUGUAAACAGAUACACCAGAAACAGCAGGAACUCUUCAAGGAUGUUGAAGACUCUGAGCUGUUGGAGGUGAUGGAUGUGUGCGAUCAGGAGAGCAGCAUGAAUUCUUCUGCUCAGCAAGACAUGUCAGACAAAGAUGAAUCACAACCUGCUGCUGCACCUGAAUCAGAUCUCAGUUCUGCUGGGCUAGCCAUCCGAGAAGACAACGAUAAAAGAGAGGGACGAAAUGAGGAUGAGAUGAAAAAACAGACAGAAGACCAGAGAGAUAACCGGGAGAGGGACCAAGAAGAGGAGCGCUGUGAUUGGCCCAGGGAGCGAGUCUGUCACACGCACGAACGAGCGAUUCCCAUCCAAGAGACCAUCGAGGCUCUGGACAUCACGGAGGAAGGUGUGGAAACGCUGCUCUGCUAUCUGGAGCUGCACCCACAGCGCUUCGUGGAGCUGCUCCACCCCACUCUGUCUGUGUGUAAAGUCAGCUGCUACGAUGGGCCGAGGCAGCUCCAGAAAAUCACUAAAAUUUGUCCUCCGAUCGCUGUGGUGUUGGCCAGGCGGCGGAUGGCGGGCGAGCGGGUGGAGCAGUGCGACCAGCUUGAGUUUGAUGUUGUCGAGGUCGCGGACACUAUGGGAUGGCAGCUCCCUCUCGUGAAGAGAGGACUCAGGCAGCUGCAGUGGAGCACCGAUAGAGCUGGGGGACGUAGCGGCGUCCUCGUCGAAUUCUCCAGUCCUUCGUUCUACUUUCGUUCCUAUGGCGACCUGAGCGAUGAGGAGAUGGACAGAGUCUGUCAGUUCCUCCAUAAACGAGUGCAGGACCAAGAGAGAACGCAGCUGUACCAGCUGACGGCCUGUUUUAAGGCCUUCAAGAGUGUUGCCUUCUGCAGCGUACUGUCCUGUGUAGACGAUCUGGAUGAGAGCCGCAGUUUGCAGUUAAAAAGCCUUCUGUCCGAGUACUUUGAUAAGAGGCGGGACGGGGACCACGCUCUCAAACCUUUUGAUCUCGAGGAGCUCGACAAAUAUAAGCUGUUGGACUGGGAGGAUCAAAUCAGAGCCGACAUCAGAAGUUUCCUCUCCAACCGAAGUGACGAGAAGUUUUCUGGAAGGGCUGUCGCUCGUAUCUUCCAUGGCAUAGGCAGUCCGUGUUAUCCGGCUCAAACCUACGGCAAAGACAGACGUUACUGGAGGAAGUACAUCCAGUUUGACUUCAACCAGCUCAUCAGACUGGCCACUCAGGAGAUCAUUCGCUUCAAGUGAUCGACCAGAUGGUCCAAUAUUAUCUUUUUUUUUCUUUUUUUUUUACG